CCAGUAAACUUCACAAUUGUGUGAAUGGCAAUAUUGAACCGAUGUUAUUACUAUGCCUUGAAUUUGGGGUCUGCUUUUGCAAAGUAUUCAUCAUCAUACACUUAGGAUAUUUGGGUUUUCUCUCUCCAGUUGCCCAAAUUCGUGGAUGAACAUCAAAUAUGCACCGAAAUCUCUCUUUUUGCACUAAAAUGGAACCGGCGCCAAAAGGGUCUUGUGUUGAUGAGAUCAAAUGGUACGAGCUCCUAACUCCACUCUACGAGCCCCUGGAGGAGCUCAGCUACCUAUGCAACGCUCGCCCCCCACCACCCCCCACUCCCUGCGACCCCACCGACAUGCCCCUCGACAACCUCCCCAUGUUUACAGGAAGUCACUAUGUAGGGUCUGGUGACUGCUACAUCCGGGGAGACAAUCUGAUGAACAUGAACUACCGAGCUCCACUCCAUAUGGAGUACAUGCAACCAGCUCACCUGAACAUUGGGCCAGCUGGUGAUGUCACCAAACAGUAUAUGAACUAUCAGCACCAACCCUACGAGUGGCCUGUCAAUCACCCACAUGCUCCUACUCCUCCGCAGUUCCUUGACGAAACCAUGAUGAUACUACCGGAAUGUGCAAAGUUGCCUCCUGCUGAAAUGCCGAGCCUUACGGAUCCGAGUUCCCCCUCAAGAAAGGUCCCACCAACCAAAAAAAGGAAACGUGAAUGCCAAGAGGAGGACGAUAAGGUGUACAUUAAAAAGCCACCUAAUGCAUUUAUGAUAUUCCGAAAAGAGCAAAGGGAGAAUGUUAUGGCGCAGUGGAACAUUCGCGACAGUGCCGUGGCCAAUAAAGUUCUGGGUCACAUGUGGAAAUCGCUGUCGGAGAAGGAGCAGGAGAAGUAUUAUCAGCUUGCCGAUGCUGAAAAACGCCUCCAUACCCAGCUGCACCCCAACUGGUCCUGCACAGACAAUUAUGGUCGAAAGAGGAGGAAGCAGAGGAGCAGAAUGGCUCCCUAAGGAACUCGUCCAAGCAAACUCCUCCUGUAACUUGACAUACCGUUCUAGUGUUUGACUUAAUCACAAGUCACUUGAAGUUCUAACAAGAUAUCGACUGAGCUGGAAAAUGCUCAGCAAGUUCAUUAAUUUAAAACUGUUCUGUUAUUUGUGCAAUGAUAGCUUUUACACAAUGCUUCAUUAUUGGUUGCUUGUAUUAUCUCCACUAUUGAUGCGUGAGCCAAUGAUUUCCAAAGAAGGUGAAAAAGCUUUUAAGUAAGCUUAAUGUCCACAUUUCCAUGAAUAAAUUUAUACAUUUAUGAAAAUUA